AUGAAGCAAGUCGACUCAUCACUGCGCGGUGUUGAAGAACGUCUCAAGCAAGCAGAGGACGAAAUCAAACGCAAAACCGCCGACAUCACGGAGCUUCAGGCCAAGCAAGAAGAGCUGCAAGGCGCAAGAGAUGUCCUUCAAGCUGAGCUCGAGACAUUGCAAGACAGGAGAAGGCGCUUGGAAGAGAAGCUUGCCGAACGAGUCGCUGCUGUCAAGGAAGCACGCCGCGCCCUUGAUCAGCGGAACGAAAAGGUCAAACACGUACUCAAGGAGGUUGAUGAAGAGGAU